CAGAAAUAUAAAAGUAGUAUGUUCUUGCGAAACCAGCCGCUGAGGAAUCUGAUUCAGAUCAUUGGAAUGAAUCAAAUCUCCACCAUUACUUCACACACAAACUUCUCACAGACGUCUCCGCGCACUUCUCUCCUGACCUGUACAUUUUCGUUGACUUUUUUUAAAGGUAUGAUAAGAAGGUUUUUUUUUUUAUUAAAAGUAGGUCAAACUGCUGUUGAGUAAGGUGUCUUCCAGUUGGGUGAAAUCACAGACAGCGAGUGACGGAUAAACGGGUAUUUAAUCCGCUGGCAGAUGUGCGUUUCCAUCAGAGCUCCGGCACAAGAUUUAAUCAUUUCCUCGGUGUACCAAAGAGCAAAGACGUUGUCGAGGUCGACUGCUGCCAGAUUUGAAGUUAAUCUUCACAACGGAUCCAUGUUUGCGGAUCAGAGAGUCGCCUGUGCCCUCAAUUGAGCCCGGGAGUCGUUGGGAGUCGUUCUCCGCGCUCUCGGUCCCUGAUUGUCGGCACCGCUAUGUCCUGAACGCACCGCGGGAGGGAUGCUCAUUCACGGUGACUUAUUCUGGAAAGUGAUGCCCAGUUAGCACCUAUGGAUGUGAGGAUGGGUGACUCCCACCAGUACGAGUGAGUGGAAAGAUGCUGCUCGGAUGGAAAUUGUUCCUGUAUGGAUACAAAAAGAAGAAGGAUAUGGAUGUUGAAUGUUCCUCCUGCAGGUGCACCAUGCUGAAGGGGACAGGUGUGAGCUUCUUCCUGCUGUGUCUGAUGGCAGAGGUCAGUCUCAGCGCGCAGCAGGUCUUGAGAAUCGGUGGGAUUUUUGAGACACUUGAGAAUGAACCGAUUAGUGUGGAGGAACUUGCCUUCAAAUUCGCUGUAACCAACAUUAACAGAAACAGGACUUUAAUGCCCAACACCACCCUCACCUACGACAUCCAGAGAAUCAACCUGUUCGACAGCUUCGAGGCCUCCAGACGAGCCUGUGAUCAGCUGGCUCUCGGUGUGGCUGCUGUGUUCGGCCCGUCCCACAGUUCUUCAGUGAGUGCGGUCCAGUCCAUCUGUAACGCGCUGGAGGUUCCACACAUCCAGACCCGCUGGAAACACCCAUCUGUGGACAACAAAGACAGUUUCUACAUCAACCUGUACCCAGAUUACGCCUCCAUCAGCCGCGCCGUGCUCGACAUCGUGCAGUUUUACAAGUGGAAAGCCGUGACGGUGGUGUAUGAGGACGCAACAGGGCUAAUUCGUCUUCAGGAGUUGAUCAAGGCUCCGUCGCGCUACAGCAUCAAGAUUAAAAUCCGACAGUUACCAACAGGAAGUAAAGACGCAAGGCCGCUUCUUAAAGAGAUGAAGAAGGGGAAAGAGUUUUGUGUCAUCUUUGACUGCUCGUACCAGACCGCAGCAGAUGUCCUUAAACAGCUGUUGUCUAUGGGCAUGAUGACAGAAUACUACCAUUUCUUCUUUACCACUCUGGAUCUGUUUGCGCUGGACCUGGAGCCGUACCGAUACAGUGGGGUGAACAUGACGGGUUUUCGUCUGCUUAACAUCGACAACCCUCAUGUGGCGUCAGUGGUGGAGAAAUGGUCCAUGGAGCGACUGCAGGCUCCACCCAAACCUGAGACCGGCCUGCUGGAUGGAAUGAUGACAACUGAAGCAGCGCUGAUGUAUGACGCCGUGUAUAUGGUCGCAGCCGCAUCCCAGCGAGCAGCUCAGAUCACCGUCAGCUCACUGCAGUGUCACCGGCACAAACCCUGGCGCUUCGGUUCGCGAUUCAUCAGCAUGUUCAAAGAGGCUCAGUGGAACGGACUGACCGGACAGAUUAUCAUAAAUAAGACGGACGGCCUGAGGAAAGACUUCGACCUCGACAUCAUCAGUCUGAAAGAGGACGGGAUGGAAAAGCAGUUUAUGGAAAGUGGUCGUUUUAACAAAGUAUGGAAGAAGAUUGGUGUGUGGAACUCAAACAACGGCCUUAACCUGACAGACAGCAAUAAAGACAAAAACACCAACGUAACCGACUCCAUGGCCAACCGCACACUCAUCGUCACCACAAUUCUGGAAAACCCAUAUGUGAUGUACAAGAAGUCAGAUAAGCCGCUAUAUGGGAAUGAUCGGUUUGAAGGAUACUGUUUGGAUCUCCUAAAGGAGUUGUCCAACAUCCUAGGCUUUUCCUAUGAAGUCAAACUGGUGUCUGAUGGGAAAUACGGAGCUCAGAAUGACAAAGGAGAAUGGAACGGCAUGGUCAGAGAGCUGAUCGAUCACGUGGCAGAUCUGGCCGUGGCGCCACUCACCAUCACUUACGUCCGAGAGAAAGUCAUUGAUUUUUCCAAGCCCUUCAUGACUCUGGGAAUCUCCAUCCUCUACCACAAACCCAAUGGCACCAAUCCAGGUGUCUUCUCCUUCCUGAACCCACUCUCUCCGGACAUCUGGAUGUACGUGCUGCUGGCCUGCCUCGGGGUCAGCUGUGUGCUAUUCGUCAUUGCCAGGUUUACCCCGUAUGAAUGGUACAACCCUCAUCCCUGCAACCCUGAUUCAGAUGUUGUUGAGAACAACUUCACCUUAAUCAACAGCGUUUGGUUUGGUGUUGGAGCUCUUAUGCAGCAAGGAUCGGAGUUGAUGCCCAAGGCUUUGUCCACCAGGAUUGUUGGAGGUAUCUGGUGGUUCUUUACCCUCAUCAUCAUCUCAUCCUACACGGCCAACCUGGCUGCCUUCCUCACCGUGGAGCGAAUGGAUUCGCCCAUAGACUCGGCCGAUGAUCUGGCCAAACAGACCAAGAUUGAAUACGGCGCCGUGAGGGAUGGAUCCACUAUGACUUUCUUUAAGAAAUCAAAGAUCUCCACCUAUGAGAAGAUGUGGGCGUUCAUGAGCAGCCGGAAGAACACAGCGUUGGUAAAGAACAACAGAGAAGGAAUCCAGCGUGUUUUGACCACAGAUUACGCUCUUCUGAUGGAGUCCACCAGCAUCGAGUACAUCAGUCAGAGAAACUGCAACCUCACGCAGAUCGGAGGCCUCAUCGACUCAAAGGGCUACGGAGUCGGCACUCCUAUUGGUUCCCCGUAUCGUGACAAGGUGACUAUCGCCAUCCUGCAAUUACAGGAGGAAGGGAAACUGCACAUGAUGAAGGAGAAGUGGUGGCGAGGAAAUGGCUGUCCUGAGGAGGACAGUAAAGAGGCCAGCGCUUUGGGCGUGGAGAACAUCGGAGGAAUCUUUAUCGUUCUGGCAGCCGGACUCGUCCUGUCCGUGUUCGUGGCCAUCGGUGAGUUUAUCUAUAAGUCCAGGAAGAACCUGGACAUUGAGGAGGUGAGCGUGGGACAGUGUGAAUGGCACAAUAAAUACUGAUCGCGCUCCUGGACAACGCAGGACUUCAGAGGACGUCAGUGGGAGUUUUACAAUGUACUUUUGCUCCUCGACCUUCUUAAAUCCAAACAUACACUGACUAAACAUUACUUAUAUGAUGUCAGCUGUAUGAGAAUUGGUGGCGACGUUGGACAACAUUUCAACUUUUUUUUUAAACAUUUUUCAUUUUCAGAUGGACAAACGAUAAGAUGAAAGGCAUUUGUCAGUGGGAUAUAAAUAAAGACAAGAGUGCAAGUUCAACUAUAACGCCAGUUAUUGUAUUGUAGAGUAGUUCACAUCCAUGUAUUUAGAUUUAAAAGACUUGAACGUUUUAUUCUUUACAGACAUAUUCCUUCUUAAUCUAAUUUAUGAUAAGACAUGUCUGUGGGGUCUAUAAUAGGUAAUGUGUGUAAUUUUUCCAUGUUAAAAUGAGUCAGUUAUACGUCAUUCAUUCAUAGGUUGAUUUUCCCGAAGAGUACAGACAACGUUAUUCUGUUUUUAUUUUCCUUUUAUACAUUUUUACUUCAAGUGAAUUACAAUUUGUGGAAAUUCAAAUGGUUUUCAGGUUUAAAAAAAAAAAGAUAUGUAUUUGGUAAAUCUCAAAAUUGGAAAAAAAAUAUAUUUUUACUCAAAUAUCUCAUGUGGAUUUAUGUUCCCAUCUGGCUGCUUUUAUCCAAAGCAUAUUAAUCUUCUGUUCCUCAAAAUGAAGCGGUUUUUCAAUACUGCGAGUAAUGAUGAUUCUUUUAUUUUUAUUAGUGCUGGGCAACGAUUAAUCGCAAUUAAUCGCAUCCAAAAUCACAUUUUUGGUGUACAUAAUAUAUGUGUGUACAGUCUAUAUUUAUUAUGUAUAUAUAAAUACACACACAUGCAUGUAUUUAUUUAAGAAAAAUGUUAUGUUCCCCUUCAGGAACUCGAGCUGCGUCGAAACACUAGGGGAACGCCCCUAGCGUUUCGACGCAGCGUCUCGUUCCCUCGGGGAACAGGGGUUACAUACGUAACCUGGGACGUUCAUAUAUUAAGUAUAUUAUUAUGAAUAUAAAUAUAUACAUUCAAAAUAUAUAGUGUAUGUGUGUGUCUUUAUAUGUACUUAAUAAAUAUGCAUAGUACACAAAUACUGUAUUAUAUAAACAAAAACUUUGAUUUUGGAUGUGAUUAAUUGUGAUUAAACGUUGUCUGGCAGUAGUUAUUUUAAGCAACAUAACUCUGUUUUAACAUGCUUGAAAUAUCAAAUGGUAGAUGGGAAACCUGUUUGGAAACAAUCAUUUAUAAUGAUUCACAAUCACUUUUGCAUUUCCAGUUGAUGAUGCAAAAAUUACAUACUUCACCUUUGAAGACUCAUUCUGACUGUCUUAGCCUUUCUCUUACAAAAUGACUUAUUUUAUUUAAUGACUGUUGGUAACAUUUGUCUUAAAACUGUGUUAUACGAACCCUUUUUUAAUGUCAAAACAAGCAAACAUGUCUAUAAUGCAGAUUUAACAUGCAGAACCAGCAUCAGACAAGUCCUAAUCAGACGUGAAGCGUUAAGUCAUUUUCCUGUCCUCGUUAAAAUUAAAUAUGCAGAGCGAAGUGACAAAAUCAUUGCUGAACAAAGCAUAUGUGAUGUUUCAUAUGCAAUGUGAUAUAGCGCAACACUGCUGAUUAGGACAAAACCUUAAACGGCUGGUUACAUUUUAUUCGAUCUACAAGUCCAAGACUUUGUCUUCAUUUUUUCAUCAUUUCUGCUUUUAUAUUGUUUGACACUUAUGAAAAUGCAUAUAAAUAUUUUAUGACUGAAAUCAUUUCUUUAUGAGCACAAUACAUGUGUUUUCCUUGG